AUGAAUCCAGAACGAGAGGAGCAUAAAUAUUGUGGCUGUGGGUCAGAGGAGUGUGUGGUGUGGUGGGGGGGGGGGAUUCGCGAUACACAGACAGGAGAUGGAUGCAGAGAUGCUGGGCAGGGCACGCAGCCCAGCUGUUGGAGCCGUUUGAUUGGUCAGAUGGAGGCCCUGACUCUGUCUCUCGUGGCUCAGAUAAAUGUAGCGCACCCACUGGCAGGUGGCCGCUGUCCCUCCUCUCUCCUCCGGACCAUCCCAGGCAAAGAUCAGCCGUGCCCUGCCGCGCUUUUAUUAAACACCUCAAGCUCCACAGCGUCACUGCUCAGAACAGGAUUAAAUACGUGA